ACAGAGCAGGAGCUUAAUGGAUGCUUGUUGGAUGGAUGGAGGGUACUUGGAAGAGAAAACGGACUUCUCACGGAGAGAUCCGUCUUGUCUUUCUUCUAGGCUUAACUCGGCGCUCCCCCGGGGUCUCCAACGGGAUUUCUCUCGCAGGCCCCCUCACCCCCAUUCCUAUUGCUGUAAGGUCUACAGGAGGCGCUUGUGUACCGAGGUGUAACCCUAAACUCGACCGCCCCCCUCCGCCGUCCAAUCUCCUUUCUCCGAGGUCUCGGCAUAAGACAAUGCGCGCUGCACACAUCCUGCCUGAGGCGCGGCGGCAGAAGCGCUGAGACGGCUGCUCCGAGCCGGGGGCCUGGCUGUGCAGGAGGCGGCCCGGGGGGCUGUGCGGGGGUGACCGUGGAGCCAGCCUAAUUGAGCCCCACCGCAGGAGUUUUCCAUAACUAUGGGUGCUUCCCCAUGGGCGUUCCUGGGCUUGGGAUGUCUCCUCACAGGGCCGUGGCUCACAUUUUGCCAGCUUCCAUUACCCACUGUCUUUCCGAAUGAGGAUGAAAAGGUUGUGCAGCUGCAUUCAUCUUUUACCCUAAGAUGCUCUGGGGACAGUGAAGUGAGCUGGCAGUACCCCAUGAAGGAUGAAGAGGACCAAAAAAUAGAAGUCAGAAACGAGGAGAACAACAGUGGCCUUUUUGUGACGGUCCUGGAAGUGGUCAAUGCCUCAGCUGUACACACAGGACUGUACACUUGUUAUUACAACCACACUCAGACAGAGGAGACUGAGAUCGAAGGCAGAGACAUCUACAUCUAUGUGCCAGAUCCAGAUGUUCCUUUCGUACCUUCAGCCAUGGUUGAUCAUUUAAUUUUUGCGGAGGAACAUGAUUCUGUCACUAUUCCAUGUCGCACAACUGAUCCUCAAGCUCAAGUGAUUCUACUCAACAGUGAAGAAAAAGUGGUCCAUGCUUUCUAUGAUAGCAGACAAGGUUUUAUUGGAGACUUUGCCAUGGGACAAUUCAAAUGUGAAACAGUUAUCAAAGGGAAACAAUUCCAAACAAUUCCUUUCAACAUUUAUACGAUAACGGCUACUCCAGAGCUUGAAGUUGAGAUAGAGGCAAUGAAAACUGUUUACAAAACAGGAGAGACUCUUGUUGUAACUUGUGCUGUCUUGCACAAUGAAGUGGUUGACCUUCAGUGGAAUUAUCCAGGAAAAGUGAAAAACAAAGGCAUUUUGAAAGUUGAUGAGAUCAAAGUUCCAUCUCUCAAGUUGGUGUACACGCUGACGGUCCCUAAGGUGACAGUGAAAGAUAGUGGAGACUAUGAAUGUGCUGCCCGUCAUGCUACCAAGGAAACUAAGGAAAUUAAGAAAGUCACCAUUUCUGUUCAUGAGAAGGGAUUUAUUGAGCUCAAACCCAACUUCAGUCAGAUGGAAACCAUUAACUUGCAUGAAGUCCGCCAUUUUGUAGUGGAUGUGCAAGCGUAUCCACCACCAAAGAUAUUCUGGCUUAAGGACAAUAUGACCGUAAUUGAGAAUCUGACCGAAAUCAUCACUGGCUUAGAUAAGAUCCAGGAAAUAAGAUAUCAAAGCAAAUUAAAACUGAUUCGUGCUAAGGAAGAAGAUAGUGGAUAUUAUACAAUUAUGGCUCAAAAUGAGGAUGAUAUUAAGAACUAUACUUUUGAACUUACAAUUCAGGUUCCUGCUUCUAUUCUGGACCUGGAGGAUGACAACCAUGGCUCUGCAGGUGGUCAGAUGGUCAAAUGUGUAGCAGAAGGGACUCCAAUUCCAAAUGUGGAAUGGAUGAUUUGCAAGGAUAUUACAAAGUGUAAUAAUGAAACUUCAUGGACACUCUUGGCCAGCAACAUGUCCGAUAUAAUCACACAGAAACACGAUAGUAGCGUGGUGAAGAGCCAAGUGACCUUCGACAAAAUUGAAGACACCAUGGCCGUACGAUGCCUAGCGAAGAACUCGCUUGGGACAGUGAGCCGGGAACUGAAGCUCGUGGCUCCUGCUAUUCGUUCAGAAUUGACAGUGGCUGCCUCGGUCCUUGUGUUACUAGUGAUUGUCAUCUUUUCCCUCAUUAUCCUGAUUGUCAUAUGGAAACAGAAACCGAGGUAUGAAAUUCGAUGGAGAGUUAUUGAGUCCAUUAGCCCUGAUGGCCACGAGUACAUUUAUGUGGAUCCAAUGCAACUGCCUUAUGAUUCAAGAUGGGAGUUUCCUAGAGAUGGGCUAGUCCUUGGCCGAAUCCUGGGCUCAGGUGCGUUUGGAAAAGUGGUCGAAGGGACUGCAUACGGAUUAAGCCGUUCCCAGCCUGUGAUGAAGGUGGCCGUGAAAAUGCUAAAACCCACAGCCAGAUCCAGUGAAAAACAGGCCCUCAUGUCAGAACUCAAGAUUAUGACUCACCUGGGACCUCAUUUAAAUAUUGUAAAUCUUCUAGGAGCCUGUACCAAGUCAGGUCCCAUUUAUAUCAUCACUGAAUAUUGCUUCUAUGGGGAUUUGGUCAACUAUCUGCAUAAGAACAGAGACAAUUUCCUGAGCCACCAUCCAGAGAAGGCAAAGAAAGAGCUAGAUAUCUUUGGGAUGAAUUCAGCUGAUGAAAGCACAAGGAGCUAUGUCAUUUUAUCCUUCGAAAACAAUGGGGAUUAUAUGGACAUGAAGCAAGCCGAUACCACACAGUAUGUUCCCAUGCUGGAAAGGAAACAGGGCUCGAAAUAUUCAGAUAUUCAAAGAUCGAUGUAUGACCGACCAGCAUCAUACAAAAAGAAAUCUGUGUCAGAUCCAGAAGUCAAAAACCUCCUUUCAGAUGACGGCUCCGAAGGUCUCAGUCUCUUGGAUCUGUUGAGCUUCACUUACCAAGUUGCCCGAGGAAUGGAGUUUUUGGCUUCAAAAAAUUGUGUUCACCGUGACCUGGCUGCUCGCAAUGUGCUUCUGGCUCAAGGAAAAAUCGUGAAGAUCUGUGACUUUGGCCUGGCCAGAGACAUCAUGCAUGAUUCCAACUAUGUGUCCAAGGGCAGUACUUUUCUGCCAGUGAAGUGGAUGGCUCCUGAAAGUAUCUUUGACAAUCUGUAUACCACGCUGAGCGACGUCUGGUCUUAUGGCAUCCUGCUGUGGGAGAUUUUUUCUCUUGGAGGCACACCCUAUCCUGGAAUGAUGGUGGAUUCUACUUUCUAUAAUAAAAUCAAAAGUGGAUACCGCAUGGCCAAACCCGACCACGCCACCAGUGAAGUUUACGAGAUCAUGGUGAAGUGCUGGAAUAGUGAGCCCGAGAAGAGACCUUCCUUCUACCACCUGAGUGAGAUUGUGGAAAACCUGCUUCCUGGCCAGUAUAAGAAGAGUUAUGAGAAAAUCCACCUGGACUUCCUGAAGAGUGACCAUCCUGCUGUUGCUCGCAUGAGAGUGGAGUGUGACAAUACUUACAUUGGUGUCACCUACAAAAAUGAGGAUAAGAUGAAGGACUGGGAAGGCAGCUAUGAUGAACAACGGUUGAGUGCUGACAGUGGCUAUAUCAUCCCUCUGCCUGAUAUUGACCCUAUCCCAGAAGAUGACCUAGGCAAGAGAAACAGACACAGUUCCCAGACAUCUGAGGAAAGUGCCAUUGAGACAGGUUCCAGCAGUUCCACCUUCAUCAAGAGAGAGGAUGAAACCAUUGAGGACAUCGACAUGAUGGAUGACAUUGGGAUAGACUCCUCAGACUUGGUUGAAGACAGCUUCCUGUAAUGGUCAAGGAUCUAAUGGAUGUAUUCCAUUUCUGGAAAGAGAGGUACUCACCAUUCGGUCUAAAGACUUGAACACCCUUCAGAAAACCACUUUAUUGCAAUGCAAAUGAUGCAAGGAGAUUCAAUUUUUUUUUUUAAAAAAAGGAGAACCUCCCAGUAAAGAGCCCAGGGACCAUCGUGAAUAUGAAUGUGUGAGCUAUAUUGGAAUGGACCUUUUUAGUGUUGCUCCUUGCAAUACUUUGAUAGCAUCUCAGUAUUGAUUGCCGAGUUUUUUCUUUUUACCAGAUGGAUGGGCAAAAAGGAAAGGCCAUGCAACACCAACUUUGUGAUUCAAGGGCAUUUGAUGACUCUGAUGAACAGAAUUUUCAUCGCAUCACGAUGCCAUCCUUGUAAUUAUGUAAAUAAAUAUCUGAGGAUGUGUUUAGAUUUGUAUUGAAUAUAUUCUCUGGACUUCAGAAGAGACCACUUAAAAACAUUUGUGUACUUCCUCCUUGACAACAUCCUGUGUCAGUUGCUGUUGGGCUAUCGUGGAAGUACGUGCAAAACCACUUUUGAAACUUAAAGGAAACCGGUACUAUAGCAUGUUACCUUUGUUUUUUAACGUUGAAUAAUAAAGAAGAAAGAUAAUCAUUAACAAACCUUCUUUUGAUAGAACUGGGCUGUUUAGAAGCCUAAGAAGUCUUUUACAUAUUUCUAACUAUGUUAAUAAUAAUACGACUACUGUCAUCAGUAAUUCUAAACAUGUAAUUUAGAACACAUUUCCCUUCAGAGAAAGCACAAUUCGGAGACAUCAAGAGAAAUCCAACAAUGAGAAUCAUCAGCUGUAUUAAAUAGGUAAUGAAUUUAUUGAGUUUGGGGCAUUUAUAUUGAAUAACCUCUGGCUAUAUAAAAUAAUAGCAGUAGCAGAUUAAAGUUAGUUAAACAUAGAAGAAAAAACUAUGUAGCAUCACCCAGGCAGUUUCAAGUUCUGGGUUUUUGUUCUUUGUAAAAUCAUGUACUGAAGAGAUUAUCUAAUCAA